UUUUCAUUAGUGUUUGAUUUCUUUCUUUCUUUCAGGAAUUGUUGGAUAAGUAUUUAAUAGCCAAUGCAACUAAUCCAGAGAGUAAGGUCUUCUAUCUGAAGAUGAAGGGAGAUUAUUUCCGGUAUCUUGCUGAAGUAGCAUGUGGCGAUGAUCGAAAACAAACGAUAGAUAAUUCCCAAGGAGCCUACCAAGAGGCCUUUGAUAUAAGCAAGAAAGAGAUGCAGCCUACACACCCAAUCCGCCUGGGACUGGCUCUUAACUUCUCUGUAUUUUACUAUGAGAUCCUUAAUAAUCCAGAGCUUGCCUGCACAUUGGCCAAAACGGCUUUCGACGAGGCCAUCGCUGAACUGGACACGCUGAAUGAAGACUCCUACAAAGACAGCACCCUCAUCAUGCAGCUGCUUAGAGACAACCUAACAUUAUGGACAUCGGACAGUGCAGGAGAAGAAUGUGACGCAGCGGAGGGGGCCGAAAACUAAGGGCACCCGGUGCCGUCCUCCGUCCCUCAAGAAAACCUUUUUACAUCUCCAUUCCUUAUUCCACUUGGAUUUCCUCUAGCAAGGAAGCCCAUUCAUGUGUAUGGGAUCAACUGUUUAUAGUCUUUUCACACUGCAGCUUUGGGAAAACUCCAUCCCUUGAUCUGUGUUGUCCCGGCCUUCCUGGUGUGCAGUUACUGCUGUAGAAAAGUAUCAGUAGCUUCAUUUCAUACACACGCGAGUAACUUCCGACCCUUGUGCAGAGGACUGACAGUGCAUUUGGUAUUUAAGUAAUCUGAACCAGUUCUGCAAGUGGCUGAGUCUGUAUUACUGUGAAGAUACGGAAAUGUAGUGCAUUACAAUUGAAAGUAAUUGUAAUAAUAACUUCCUGAUUUCUACAUUCCCUCUCUGACCCUUCUUGGGGGGUUUCCUUUCAGAAGCGACUUUUCCAUCCUCUUACUGCAUACUCCUUUUUAGUAGGAAUCCAAAAGUGUUAGAUUGAACGGGAAAAGCUCUUAAUGCAUCCAGUCUGGAAGUCACAGAUGGAAAUGUCUCCCAUGUCACAUAUUCUGGGGGUCAUGUCUGUCUGUGACAACAGAGAGUUUCCUUCAUGCAUUCUUCAUUUGCUGCUGUUUGAGUUGACAACUUCCUUCCCAAUAAAAAUCACUUACACCUCCUGCCUUUGUAGCUCUGGUAUUCACUUUACCUUGUAAUAGAAGUAGCAUGUUGCUGCCAGAAUAGAAGCAUUGCUUUGGGCAAAUUAAAAUGCAUGUCCUUUCUUAAUCCACUAGAAAGGGAAAUAAGUACACACGUCCAAGUCUAAAGUUGAGUACUUUUCCAUGCAGAUUCGUGCACAUGUGAGAAGGUGUCCAGUGUGUCCAGUGACUGUUCUUCAGAGAGCUGUGUGUUUGCUAAUCAUUGACUGUAGUCCCAGAAAAGCCCUGUGAAAAUGUCAUGCCCCAUGUAACAGCAGAGUAACAUAAAAUAAAACUACAUUUUAUAAAACCA